GGAAUAGUUACCUAGUUAGCGCUAAGUUAAAUAUAAUGUAAGGAUUCUAAGGAACACCAUCCCGUCUCUCCUUUUCCUUUUUUUCCUUCUUUUUUUCCUUCUCCUCUUUUCUCUUUACCUCCCUUACCGAUACCUACCUAAUCAUUGUCAAUCUUUUCCUCUCCUAGGCAGUUUCCCUGAAUUACAUCAUUCCUGCCGUCCAUUCCUUCUCCCGUCCUCUUUUAGCUCGAUUCCACUCUUUAUAUCCCGUACUAUCAACUCCGAGCUCGCGUUACACGCCACACCACCUUACACACCACGUAACACCACAUCAAGGCCCCGAACCCGCCAUUAUGAUCGGAAACACCGUCAAAUCGUCUUCGGUCCUCCUAGCCGCUGCUCUCCUAGCAGGGCAGGCUGUGGCCAAGACCAACUACGAAGGCUGCACCUCUUCCAAGACCAUCGUGUACGGUGGCGCCAGCUACAUCGCCUGGGUCCCGGACACCGGCGAGCUCUGCUCCUUCCUUGACUGUGGCGGUGGACGCGCACCGCCCAAGACAACUGUCCCCGGAUGUCCUCAAUAUUCCGGCACCGCCACAUACUCGCCUGACUUUCUGCCGGGCUUCAGCGUCUCUGCAACUUCUAGCGCCGCCUCCAGCGCCACUUCUACUGCCAGCGCUGGUAGCUCGUCUGAUGAGACUACAGUGGAAACUUCUACGGGAUCUGUGGCCACGAGCACAACUUCAACGGGAGCUUCUACCGUGACAGAUGCUUCGUCCACUGGAACUAUCACGGAGGCACCAACAACCACGCUUCAGACAAGCGCCACCAGUGGCUCAAACGCUGAAUCAUCUUCUUCCACUGGAACCGCGGAGGGAGCCGAGUCUACCAGCGCUUCUGCGACGAGCAGUGUGUCCACGGGCGGAGCUGCUAUCCCAACGGCGGUUGCCAAGGGUGCUCUGGGCGUGAUGGCAGGUCUUGCCGCAGGUGUGGCAAUGCUAUAAUAAGUAAAACGUUGUUGUUUACUGUGAGGGGGGUGUAGUAAUACCGUUGACCUGUAUAUCACUGAUCUGUGUAGAUAUGGUUGGUUAAAAAGCGUUCUCCAUAUACGGAUAAUAGUAAUAAUAAUAUAUGCUGUUGUCAUCA